AUGGCCUUUUGCGAAGACUUGCCAGACGGCUUCUUCUUCAUUCGGACUCGUGACGCCGGGAUGGCUGUGGAUGUAUAUGGUGGAGACAUGACGAACGAUGCCAAUAUCAUCAUAUGGACUCAGAAAAUGACAGACAGUAUCAACCAGCUGUGGAUGCAUGAAGACGGCUUUUUGAUCAACAAGAAAUCCGGGCUUGUUAUGGACGUAAAAGGAGGGGAGUUGAAGAAGGACAAACAGCUGAUCCAAUACGCUCGCAAAGCCGGACUGGCUGUAAAUCAACGAUGGGCAUACCGCGACGGAUAUAUUUUUCCGCACGCGGCUCCGCAUUUAGUUCUGGAUAUUCGGGGUGGUAACGAGUUCAAAGAAUCGAGUAAUGUCUUUUUAACCACCAAGGAUCCAAACAGCGCUUCCCAACAAUGGUUGAUUCAGUCCUUUGAUAGUGAACGUUCAAAGCAAGAUUUGAGCUUGUUACGGCCACCACCACAUGAACGACAUUUUGAGUUUCCUAGACCGCAACAACUGUUUGACUAUUAUAGGGUUGUGUACCUUGAGCACAGGGCUAUAGAUGAUGUAACUCCAGAAGAACUGGCAGGUGCUGUUGCUUUCAAGGGCAUCAAGACAUUUAUUCUUGAUCAGAAGCGGAAGAACGAAUCGAUUACAGUUCCACAUGCACGCGAUACGUUAAAAAUUCUUGUUACUCAAGAGCUCAAGCGGUUAUUGGCUGGGAAUGGGACAACAACAGCAGGCCAUCAUCAAUUGAGUACCCCGCAACUCAUGCGUAUGGCUGAACAGUCAGCUGCAAGCUAUUUUUCACGAGAAUAUGAAAUGUCCUGA